CGACAUGCCACCAAAAUGCAUUGAACUGCACAGUGACAACGUGUCAGAAGUCAAUGCGCCCCAGACUCAAUAAUAGACUCGAAUAUCCUGAUCGGGGGUCCUUUUUCGUGUCGGAGUGUCCUUUGUUCCAUCGUGCGAAAACGGCCUGCGAAACGUAGUGCCUUCUCCCCAAAUGACCUCGAGACACAUGUCUCAAUGGUAUUAUGACCGGCAACAAUAAUCUUCAGCAGGAUGCCUCCGCUGAAGAAUCGCAAACGGAACCGCCUUCGACCAAUGAGCAGUCUUCCUCGACGGAUAUACCUGAACUUGACGACUUUGGACUGCCCAAAAGACCCGUCAGCGCAGCACGGCAUGCCCAGUCGGACGAUAGUGGCGAUGAGAGCGAUACGUUCCACGAUGCAGAAGCGACGGCUGAACAAGGAGAUAUAGAUCAAAAGGAAAAUGGCACAAAGCAAGUACAGGGCAACGACAGUGGUGGGAACGCAGCAGGCACAGUGAACGGCGAAGGGGGUCAAGCAAGCGAGUCUUCUCCAAAGGCACUUGAGGUCGCGAAAGAGGGAGCACCGUUCUCUGCGGAUCUAGUGGGUGGGAAAGAUGGGGCUUCAGACAUUGAGGACGCUGCUCAUGCUGUUGCACCCAUUGCUGUUCCGCCAUCCGACCAUGCAGAUCUCUCCAAUGGUGCCGUAGGGAACAAUAUUGCCUCUCCGAAGCGGUCGGAAAUUUCACCAACUGUGCAAAUACCGAAGCGUGAACAAAAAUCGGAAGGUCCUGCAAUCUCGACGUGGUCUCACCAGACACAGCUUCCACCUGCCAACAAAGAUGAUGAAGAGGAAGAGGAAGAGGAGGAAGAGUGGCAAGCCAUGCAAGCCCUUGACGAGUUUGAUGUCUAUGACGAUAAUGGGAGGCUUGUUGCAAAAGGCAACAAACAGACCGAAGAGGAGGCCGACGCCUAUGUUGGGCUAGGAGGUGCCGGCAAAGGUUAUACAAAAUUACAGCUGGAUGAAGACGCACAGUCUGCCACUAGCAUGGACGAGGAUACCAACUAUUUGUUCCAGAAUGGACAGAAGCCGCAGCGCGUAGAGGACGACGAAGGUGUCGAGGAUGAGGAGCAGCGAGACGCUCUUACUCAACUGCAGGCCACAAAAGAUCUACUGACUGAAGGCCAACGGAUAGCUUACGUGGGCGUGGUACGUCUAACCAUCCACAAAAUGUUCCACGCCCUUGGAAAUCUCGAAAAGACCAAAGGCACGAAAAAGGAGAUUACGAAAGCCCUGGAGAACAUGGAUAUGUGGGGUCAGACCAUAAUGCUUCGAUUAUACACCCAUAUGGACAUCGACCCAGCUGAACAGGUCAUGAUCGAACAACUUGCAGAACAUGGCGUCGAGCCUUCGGACCUCGUCGCCCCGUUGAUGCUCAACGCCAAGGUUGCCAAUCCCAUGGCUGAUAGUAAAUCGGAGCAACAGAGGCCGGACUUCUCACGCAACAGAAGUUCCACACCUUCCAGAACGUCAAUGAACAGCGAUCAUGGGCAACCGAAAGCUGUGGAGGGUGACGAAGAAGUCCCAGAAGUACACGGGCCCGAGGACAUGCCCCAGUCAAAACAGAUAGAGCUGGAUUUGCGAUGGACUGUCCUCUGCGACCUGUUUUUGAUGCUCAUCUCUGGCAGUGAUUAUGAUGCUCGCUCACGACGGCUUCUUGAGAGGGUUGCAUCGGCAAUGGACAUCAGUUGGGUACAGAUUUGUCGUUUCGAGAAGAGAGUCAUUGAUGCCUUGGAGAUGCAAGAAGAUGAGACUAAAGAGAACUGGGACGAGUCCGAGAACCUGGAGAAGAGACGUAAGCUCGGUCUGAAACGAAAGUACAUGAUGAUGGGACUCGCGACUGUUGGCGGCGGUCUUGUUAUUGGACUGUCUGCUGGACUACUGGCACCUGUCAUUGGAGCGGGUCUUGCUGCUGGAUUCACGACGAUUGGUGUGACAGGCACUGCCGGUUUCCUCGGAGGAGUCGGUGGUGCAGCUCUGAUCACUUCUGCUGCCACUGCAGCAGGCGGAACCAUUGCUGUCCGAGCAUCAGACCGGAGGACAGGACAUGUGAAAACCUUCGAAUAUCGACCACUACACAACAAUAAGCGACUGAAUCUGGUGCUAACGGUCUCCGGCUGGAUGAAUGGCAAAAUCGACGAUGUACGCUUGCCUUACAGCACCGUUGAUCCUAUAAUGGGCGACAUAUAUUCUCUACUUUGGGAGCCAGAAAUGCUGCAGUCGAUGGGUGACACCAUUAACAUCUUAGCAACUGAGGCGUUGACUCAAACCGUGCAACAAGUCCUUGGCAGUACCAUCCUAGUUGCCCUGAUGGCGUCGAUACAACUUCCAGUCGUCCUGUCCAAAUUAGCCUACCUGAUUGACAAUCCCUGGAGUGUCUCCUUGGACAGAGCUAAUGCAGCGGGCCUCAUUCUUGCCGAUUCUCUGAUUGACAGACACUUAGGACAAAGACCAAUCACCUUGAUUGGAUUUUCUCUGGGUUCGCGGCUCAUCUUCUCAUGCUUGAAAGAACUCUCCAACCGAGGAGCCUAUGGCAUUGUACAGAACGUAUAUCUGUUCGGCUCGCCUGUUGUCGCGAAGAAGGAUGAGUAUUUACGGGCGCGAUCAGUUGUUUCGGGCAGAUUCCUGAACGGCUAUGCUUCGAAUGACUGGAUUUUGGGCUAUCUAUUUCGUGCAACAGCUGGUGGCAUCAUGCGUGUUGCAGGUCUCGCUGCUGUGGAAGGCAUUCCAGGUAUCGAAAACCUUGAUGUUAGUAGUAUGGUCAACGGCCAUAUGGCCUAUCGUACUGCGAUGCCCAGGCUUAUGCGAGAAGUCGGCUGGGAAGUGGAGAGUGACGAGUUUACUGAAAUUGAGGACCCGGAUCCAGAAAACCAUGCACGGCGACAGCGAGAGCUCAUCCAAGAAAUCGACGAAGCGCGUCGAAAGGCGGAGGAAAAGCCCGAAAAGAAACGAUUUGGACUCUUCAACCGAGGCAGAUUGGCAGAGAAAAAGGGUUGGGAAACAUACGACGCGAAAGCAAAUGGUCACAAGCGGUCGACAAGCCUAAGCCAGCAUCGACCGAGCGGCGAACUCGAUGGAAAUGUUCUGUUUGAUAUUGACGCGAUUCGAAAGGAGCUAGAAAGCGAAAUGAUCGAAGUCAGAGAAUUGGACAGCACAUUACCUCCAAUGCAGAUCACAUCGGUUCAGAACGGCGAGAAGCAUGUCGAGUAUUUGCGACUUCCACCAGACCUCAAGCCUGAAGAGGUCGCCAGGAUGAACCUUCCACCACGUCCGGAUGAGGUCGAUAUUGAUUUUGCUCCAUCUGUUCCUAUACGGCCGGCUAGAGUGUCAUCACUUCGGCCGUCGUCGCGUUCCAGCCCUCAAUGGUCUCCACGCUCUAGUCCGCAACGCUCGCCCCAGCCUUCUCCGGGCCUUGACGGGCGAUCAUCUUUUGCCUACUCAGAACCGAGGGAACUGGUCAGCACAAUGCCUCCGCUUGCGCUUGAUCCGGCCUUAUCCAGGACCACAAGUCACAGCACACCGUCACUUGCAAGGCCCGAUCUGAAACAGCAUGCUACUGCACCCUCGGCUUCUAGCUGGAAUCGGCUGUCGACAGCUUCGGCUGAGGGCCGUAGCUCACCAGCGAUUGAUCUGAACAUAGAGCGGAAUGCUUGGGCCGAUGAUGAUGACGAGACCUUUGGGCGUGACCGUGGGAGCAUCAGCAUGACUUUUGAAUGAAUUUGAUCACAAAUUCACUCUGCAUAGCGAGGCGUUGGGCUCGGAGUUAUGUUGCUCAUAUUUAUCCUCGGUAUAUAUUCCAUGCCUAAGGCAUUCGAGAUAUGGUUCCACCAUCACCUCCACGUUGAUAUUUCUUGCAUGUGUGAAUAUACCUACUCACCACCUAAGCUGGCACUUUGGGGAUCAGCUGCGCCAUCCUUUGCCCGCGUGUUGAGAUGCUACAUUUUCUCAGGUAGUUAGUCGGGUCCGUCGCUCGCUGCUCCCACAGCUGCCGUAACCACAACAACAAAGGCGGCUUGUACUCAUCCUUGUCGUGUCAAGAAAGGAGACCGGCCGUGCUAUGGAGUAGCUCCUUUAUUCGAAUAUACAUUAACAAAGGAGGAGCAUGUCCACAACGAG